AUGGUAGCGGAUACCUUGUACUCUCACGAGACAUACAUGUCUAUCAGACCCCUAUACGAUGCCCAUGAAGAGUUUACAUCCAAAUCGGGCCAUGACUUUAUUGAUACCGUGGCCAAACCACUACUGUACACCCACAGCACGAACAAAACCUUCGGCAUAACGCUGAUCUACCGUCCCUUCGACCUCAAGCCAACACAGAAGCUAGUGACCUUCCGCGAUGCCAGCAUGCCCUGGGACGUGCCAGAUUAUGACGAUGAGGACGCGCAGCUACCAACGCUCAAGACUCGGAAGCGUAUGCUCGCAGUGGACCCGGAAUGGCUUGACGGCAGGAUCAGCUACAUGUCUUACGAGCACCAAGCGUUUGCACUCCCAACGCUCAAAGCUAACGAGGAGCAUCCCAGCCUGAAUGCAUUCACGGACUUCCUUGCUGAGUUUGGCAGGGCAGUCCAACAAGCAGGCCUAGAAAAUGUGAUAGGACUAUUCUCUCGGCCGUCGAGUGACUUUCAGGGCGGCCUGGAGCGUGUCGAAGGCGGCGCUGUCGUUCUGUACCCGCCUGGCGAGUUUGUCGGUGCCGACCUAGAGGAAGCCGUGCAGACGGGCUGGUUCUGGCUGGAGGACGACGAGGCCAAAGAAGUGCAGGUGUGGUCGGCGGUCGACAAGACAGCAAAGGGGAAGUAA